AGUCCAGUCUGUUUGUUAUAGAUUCUAGGUUUGGAAACGGAAAACUGUAUGGAGAUCAAACGUUUCUUCGAUUAGAAAAUUUGCAGAAUGUAAGCCAAAAUCCAUCUCGCUCUAUUUUCUCCCACUGCCGGGCAAUGGGCUUCCUCUCAUCACCAUAUUUGGUGUGAGGGAAACACGAACCAGAAGAUUCAGAUGUGUACAUCCGGUGAAAUAUCUGGUUCAUUGUUCUAUCUGUGUUGCCUUAUUCCAUUCCUUCCUGAAAGGGACCUGAGCAGAAAUUCAGGAGUUGUGCAUGUCACUGUGACAACAGUGCCGUGAGUGAGGUUGUCUGAAAUGAUUUAUUUGAUGUGGAGCAGUCUUCUUUGAUUGUGUUGGUAAAGGUCAGACAGGGUCGCGUUGAAAGCACCCUGAUUUGAAGUAACGUUACCGAAGGAGACUUGCUAAGGAAAAUCAAAGAAGAGUGGCCAAGAUUCUGAAGUGGGUGUCAAAGAACUGCUAGUCAAGAACAAAACCCUAAGUUGAUCUCACAGGCCAGAGCAUUGUAUUAAAAAAGUAAAGCCAGUGUGCAGUUAAAUGCAGCUCAACCUCUGUGUUUGCAAAUGGCUUGCUGUCUGAAGGAUGAGCUCCUGUGUUCCAUCUGCCUGAGUAUCUACCAGGACCCUGUCAGUUUCGGCUGUGAGCACUAUUUCUGCCGAAAGUGCAUCACUGAGCACUGGAGCAGGCAGGAGCCCCACGGUGUACGAGACUGUCCUGAGUGCAGGAGGACCUUCGCAGACCCUCUUCUCUCCCCAAGCCUCAAGCUGUCCAACAUAGUGGAGCGCUACUCAGCCUUCCCGCUGGAUGCCAUCCUUAACGCGCAGAGGAGUUCCUAUCCCUGCAAGGACCACGAGAAGGUCAAGCUUUUCUGCCUCAGCGACAAGAGCCUGGUGUGUUUCUUCUGUGACGAGCCAGCCUUACACGAGCAGCAUCAGGUCACCACUAUUGACGAGGCUUACGAGGAGAUACAGAGGGAGAUGAAGGAGCAACUGGCCACUCUGCAGGACAGUGAGAAGGGACACACAGAGGCCCUACAGCUACUGCAGAGGCAACUCACUGAGACCAAGUCGUCGGCCAAGGGCCUGCGUGCGACCAUCGGCGAGGCAUUUGAACGCCUGCAGCGGUUCCUGCGAGAGCGCCAGAAGGCCAUGCUGGAGGAGCUGGAGACGGACACGGUGCGCACGCUCUCCGACAUCGAGCACAAGAUCCAGCGCUUCAGCCAGCAGCUGCGUGACGUCAAGGAGGGCAUCGGCAUCCUGCAGGAGCGCCUCAACGAGACGGGACGCCACGACUUCCUGGAGGGCGUGGCCCUCACCUCCGAGAGGUGCUCUGCUUACUGUCUGACUGACCUUGGAUCAGCUCUUCUUCCAAAAAGCCACAGUCCUAAACUUUUGAUAAAAGGAAAGAUACAUGAGACCAAUCUAACAUAUGAAGAUUUCCCGACCUCCAAGUACAUGGGGCCCCUGCAGUACACAAUAUGGAAGUCUCUCUUUCAGGAUAUUUCACCAGUGCCAGCAGCUUUGACCUUAGACCCCAUCACAGCCCACCAGAGACUCAUCCUAUCAGAUGACUGCACCAUCGUAGCCUAUGGUAACCUGCACCCCCAGCCCCUGCAGGACUCCCCGCGGCGCUUCGACGUGGAGGUGUCUGUGCUGGGGGCCGAGGGCUUCGGCUCCGGGGUGCACUACUGGGAGGUGAUGGUGUCAGAGAAGACCCAGUGGAUGAUCGGCGUGGCCAACGAGACGGUCAGCCGCAAGGGCAGCAUCCAGAUCCAGCCCAGCCGCGGCUUCUACUGCGUCGUCAUGCACGACGGCAACCAGUACAGCGCCUGCACCGAGCCCUGGACCCGCCUCAACGUCAAGAGCAAGCUGGAGAAGGUGGGCGUGUACCUGGACUACCCCAAGGGCCUGCUGGUGUUCUACAAUGCUGACGACAUGUCCUGGCUGUACACCUACAGGGAGAAGACGUUCCCGGCCAAGCUCUGCCCCUACUUCAGCCCCGGGCAGAGCCACGCCAACGGCAAGAACGUCCAGCCGCUGAGAAUCAACACUGUGCGUCUAUAAGAGCCACACACAGGGUCACUCUACAGAUCGGCUCGCUCACCUCAACCCUCCCUGAGGAUAGGAUACCAACGAUAAUUAUGUAACUAAGAUCCUAAAAGACGGCUCGUUUUUUUAAAUGAUGAGAGGGGGGGACAAAACAGGGUGUUUGACUAUGAAAUGUAAAUUUCUUUUGUUGUGGUGUUCUUUCCGGGUCGCUGUUUUUGUCUUGCCUGUCGGUGUGGCUCCUCACUGAUCUCACCAGGGAGGGACUAUGUGGACAUUGCUGCAGCAUCAUGGUUUCAACUGGAGCCCCGGUUAACUUCUUCAGGGGUGGGCCUCUGGGCUUUACUCUGUCUGCAAGAUGACGUCAUCGCACCGUGUUUUAGUAGUGGGAUCUCUGUGCUGUGACCGAGGCCCACCUUGCACAGGCCCAGGGCUCUGCUCUCCUUCCAAGGCUCCAGACUGACUGACAGACGGCUGCUCGGUCUGUCUCUCUCAGCAGCCAGACAUUUUGAAACUGGCGGUCACCUUUCUUUCUUUUAGGCUUGUUUGUGGAAUAUUUCUGACGCCGCUCUGCUCCUUUUUCUUUGGCACAGUUAGCAGUUGUGAGCUUGUGAGUGAAAGCCUAUCGGUGUGGCAGUGAGCGCCCGUUCCAUGUCCUCCCGUGUACCUGUACACUUUACUGAUGGAAAUGAUGUCGCAGCUCUUGAUUCCUUUCCCUCAGGUCACACGUCCAGUUUUCACAGUCGACACUGUCAGUCAGUCCAAGUGCUGGACGUGGCUGAUACUCAUCAUUUGACAAUGGCAGCCUCAUGGUCUGUGUGCUCUAGUGAUGGUCACUCUGUGCGUGGUCACUGUUGUGGUGCUUGCUGUCGUCACCCUCCCCUCGUCUCCCUACACCUCUCCGUCUCUGUUCCUUCUCUCAGCACACCCACCCUCCUGUGUGCGACGUUGGGGGUGCCUGGAGAGGUCGUGUGUGUGGCAUGAAAAUGUGUCGCUGUGCGAGUGGGGACCUCUCUUCCCACCGGGUGGUUUCUGUUGGGUUCUUCCACUCCAGCAUGAGAGCUCUACUCUACCUGGCAUGUACCUUUGUUACAUAUUUGUUUGUACUUUUAUUUUUAGCUGGUUAGUCUUUUUUUGAGAUGAACAUUCUGAGAUGAUCUGGCCAAAUAGCAGUACACAAAGUUGCAGACACGUUUACAAAAUUAAACACAAAGCAUUACAGUUGGGGGGGGGGGG